AACUCUGAGUUUUGCUUCGUGUAACUUAUUUUAUAAAUUUAAUUUAAUUGUCACUCAACAGUUUUGUUGAUUGUUUUUAACCAUCCACAUUUUCUUACUCAACGUGUGUUUUAUGUUUCCAAAGUAUCUCUAAUUCUCAUUACCACCAACUCGUUUCACAAAAAACAAUUGAAUUUACCAGUUGUUAUUUUUUAUAACCUCACUUUAUUUUGCUAAAAAACUGUUAACUUUCACAAAAUUAACAUCAAAAAGAGUAUUAUGCCUAAAAUGGAAUCCGAAACAAAAUCAGCAUCAACAGUAGUGAGUGGUCUCAAUAUCCCAACAAAAAAGGUCCAUUUGACCAAUUUAUCUCAGCUGCCUGAUAAUUACUGCCAAACUCCGGGCGGAACUUUAUUUGCCCAUACUCCUGGAGGAACAAGAAUUAUUUAUGACCGAAGUUUUCUCCUUAAAAUGAGAAACUCACCAAUUGCAUCUACACCACCGAAAAAUCUUCCUUACAUAGCCGGAGUAACAACUGGUAUUUCACCUGAGAGUCUGAAGGAGAAUAAAUCACCAUUUAAGAAAUCAAUUCAUAAAUCAGCUGAACCUGUUCAGAAAAAGGUUGAAGAGCCCAAAACUUUACCUAAAAAGACUGCACCCGAAACUCUUGAAGCAACCACUGAAGAGCCACAAUUCUCAAUGGAGAUGUAAUCUUUUUGGGACAAAUUGUCUACAAGAUUAUUUGGUACAAUCUAGUAGACAUCUCACAUAUCGAAACAAAAAAUUAACUAAUUGAUGAUGGAAAUAAUGGUGACUGAUGAUAAUAUUAACGUGUAAAUAAUUGGAAGAAAAGAAACGAGGUUAUUCCCUUCGACAUCAUUAGUUUACCUCCAUCAAAUUCAGCACUAUGUUCAAAAAAAAACCAUUGAGAAGCCUACUCAUAAUGCUGCAUAAAUAAUAAAUUAAAAAAUAUCAUCGUAAAAAAUUGCAAAAAAGCUCACUUCUUUGGUUAGCUUGAAAUCAUUAAAAAAGACUGGAUGAUAUUAUUUUUUGCUGAUCGUAGGACUACGGAACGUGUUAAACUUAUUUUGCCUUAAUCAUUUUCGCAAUUUGUAAAUCAACAUGGCAUUCACCAAUGGGCCUUUUUGAAAUUUAUUCAGCAAGAUUGACUGUUUUUUCUCAAAUUUUUUUUAACAAUCCCCGGCUAUUUAAAAUCGAGUUUCAAAUAAAAAAGAUUGAAGCAAAAUUACCGUUUCUCAUUGAAAUUCAAAUGCAACUUGAUUUCACCCAUAAAAUGUUUGCUUGAUUCCAGCUCAUCCUGUAAAUCAAACGGACAAAUAUCUCAUUCAAAGGCUUCUCAACAAAAUUUUUACCUGAUUCAUUUUUGGUCAACCCUUCAAUUCCCGAUCUUCCCAAUCAACUUGGUUUGUUGUAAAUAAACUUGAUUGUUAUCAAAAAA